UUAAUUGUGGAAGAUCUGGACAGGAGAUUCAGCUUUUUUGCCUGCUCUCUGCAUAUUCCUUCACGGACAUCCACGCCAACUCAUCCUUCAAUCAUCGUGUCAGGAAUCUUCACGCCAGAAGAUACGGCGCCUCCAAAUAAUGGUGUCGCUUCAGCUAACUCCGAGCUAGCCGGAGAUGAGACUGAACUGAGCCACAGGCCACCAUCACCAAGUGAGGAGGAUAACAACGUUGGCCGCGAUUUAGCCAAGGAGGAGGGAGGCUAGCCGUGGGGGGAAGGAGUGAGGCAGGCGUCACCGCUCGGUGGCUCCCGCGUUCUUGGAGAGUCAGGAAGCAUGGAUGCCCUCCGUUUGUGGAUUCUACCUGUCGCUUCCGCUAUCGCUGUCUUCGUUCUGUUAUAUCGUCCAAUCCCCACGAAGGAUAUAUUUUGAAUGAAGUAUUUCGUGUGAUGUUUCCCGUAAGAAACCAAAUGAAGGCUGCAGUCUUCUUCCACAUGAUCAUUUUUGGAUUUACAGCAAAAGAGUUGUGACACCAAAUGGAGUAAUUAACGGUGGAGUUGAAAUAAAAGGAGGGAGAAUCUUGUCUGUGGUUGAGGAGCACGGAAAAUUUUCAAACAACCAUGCAGUCGACUAUGGAGAGGCAGUAAUCAUGCCCGGCUUGAUAGACGUGCAUGCACACCUUGAUGACCCUGGAAGGGCUGAAUGGGAAGGAUUUCCCACUGGCACUAAAGCUGCUGCUGCUGGUGGUAUUACUAUGCUGGUUGACAUGCCACUUAAUAGUGAUCCCUCAACAACAACUGUAGAAGCACUCAAACUUAAGGUGGAUGUGGCAAAGGGAAACAUCUACGUUGAUGUUGGUUUUUGGGGUGGACUUGUUCCUGAGAAUGCCUUCAACUUGACAUCUCUGGAAGGUCUUCUUGAAGCAGGUGUUCUGGGGCUUAAGUCAUUUAUGUGCCCUUCUGGAAUCAACGACUUUCCUAUGACAAAUGUGAGCCAUAUCAAGGAGGCACUGCAUAUUCUUUCAAAGUACCGGCGACCUUUACUCGUGCAUGCAGAGAUUGAGCUGGACUCCAAUAAUCGUGAAGAAUUAGGAAACAAUCUUGAUGACUUCCAGUCUUACUCAACAUACUUAAAGACAAGACCACCAUCUUGGGAACAAGCUGCCAUUGGAGAACUUUCAAAAGUUGCUGAAGAUACAAAACCUGGUGCACGUUCAGAAGGAGCUCAUCUGCAUAUUGUUCACUUGUCAGAUGCAAGCAUUUCUUUAGAUCUAAUUAAGGAAGCUAAGAAUGAUGGUCGCAGUAUCAGUGUCGAGACUUGCCCACACUAUUUGGCUUUUUCAGCAGAAGAGAUCCAGAAUGGUGAUACUCGCUUCAAAUGUGCUCCACCUAUACGUGAUGCUGCCAAUAAACAAUUAUUAUGGAAAGCCCUAAAGGAAGGGUGUAUUGAUAUGUUGAGUUCUGACCAUUCACCCACAGUACCACAGCUUAAGCUUCUUGAUGAGGGUGACUUUUUACGAUCAUGGGGUGGAAUAUCAUCUUUGCAGUUUGUUCUCCCUGUAACAUGGUCAUUUGGACAAGAACAUGGUAUUACUUUACAGCAGCUAUCCUCAUGGUGGAGUGAAAGGCCUGCAGAGCUUGCUAGUCAAAAAUCAAAGGGAACUAUUGAAAAAGGGAAGGAUGCAGAUAUUGUUGUAUGGGAUCCAGAUUCAGCCUUUGAGAUUGAUGAAAAUUUUACUAUUUACCACAAGCAUCAGAUUACACCUUAUGCAGGAAGGAGGCUUUCUGGUAAAGUGUUGGCAACUUUUGUCAGGGGAAAUCUAGUUUACAAUGAUGGUUUGCAUGCUCCAGCUGCAUGUGGUGUUCCUAUUUUUGCAACAUAAUUUGGCCCUACGCAGCUCUUGGAUGUAGGUAUAAUAGAAAUCUUUUUCUACUUCUAAGAUCCCUUAGUUUUAUUUACCUUGUGGUGUUCAUCUUGGUGGUCGUUAAGUUACUUCACCAGUUAUUCCCGUGUUUGCAUCAUUGCAUGCAGCAAGGUGAAAAAUUGUAAAUUUUAAUGUGAAACCUCUAUUAGGAGCAGGAUUACUAGAGAUUAUUUGUGAAUUGUUACACAUCCCUUGCUUCAAUGGCAGUCCAUUCUCCGUUCUUUUUUUUUUGGUAUGAUGUUUCAACAUUGUAAAGCACACAACUUCUCAGUUGCAUAUCAGUUUCUUACGUGUUAUUUCA